UUGGAAAUUCACUUCGACGCGCUAACACCAUGAACAGCCUCACCGUUGUCGCCUUCUUCGGCCUUGUGGCCGCCGCCUGCGCCGGCUUCGUCGGCGGCUAUGGCGGAUACGGCCAUGGCUAUGGCUAUGGACACGGCCUUGGAUAUGGCCACGCUGUUGCUGUCGCACCAGUUGCCGCUGUCCACAAGACCGUUGUUGCUCCCAGCUACAGCGCCGGAGCUCACUACGGCUCCGUUCACGCUGUGGGCCACGGCUAUGGACAUGGUUACGGCUAUGGCGGCUACGGUCACGGAUACGGCCUGGGAUACGGCCACGGUCUCGGAUACGGCCACGGCCUCGGAUACGGUGUGGCUCUCAAGGGUGUUGCCGUCGGUGUUGGCUAUGGUCAUGGAUAUGGCCACGGCUACGGAUAUCAUGGUUAAGAAUUAUUUACAUAACUGGAGACUGGGAAGUAGGAUCUUCAAAUUGGCACCAGGCGCCUCGUGGGACAAGUGUCAUUGUGCAAAAGAAUCUAAUAAAGUUAUACGUGCUAAGAAAUUGUGCUC